UGAACUUGCUAACUUAUUUCCCUGAUAUUUUGUCUUCUUUCAGGUUGUGAUUCUGGCUUCGGCAUCUUGUUUGCACGGCGGCUCGCUGACCUAGGAUUGUACGUGUAUGCAACUGUGUUGUUUCCUGAGAAGGAAAACGCCCUGAAGUUGGCCCAGCACAAGAACAUCGAAGUCGUGCAUCUUGACGUGACGAAACAGGACAACAUCGACGAGCUCGUCCGGUUUAUCUCCGAAGACCUUAAGAAAAAUGGCCGCCAGUUCUGGUGUCUGGUGAACAACGCAGCAAUAGGUUUCCACUCUGACGUCGAGGUGGCGAGCGUGAAACAUUUCACGGAUAUCCUGGACGUGAACACCGUGGGGCCGCUGAGGAUGUGCAAGAGCUUCCUACCCCUCCUCAGGGCCGCCGGCCAGGGCAGAAUUGUCAACAUUGCGUCACAGGCCGGCAGGUUCCCAAUACCGUUCUCAACUGCGUACAGCAUGAGCAAGGCUGCGCUCAUCGCGUUCAGCAAUGGUCUUAGAAGAGAACUUACGCCCUGGAACAUCAGCGUCAUGACCAUAGAGCCAGUGUUCUACCAGGUAGCGAUUUCAUUACAAGACUCAAUAAAUCUUCUUAAGAGUUACUACAUGCGAAUGUGGGAUUCAGCCGCCGUGGAGGUGAAGGAUGCGCUGGGCGAGCGUUUCAGAGACGCUCGCAUCCAAGGUCUUAUGGAUUUUGCCCUGAAAAGCCAGAGGCCAGCGGAUAAGGUUUACGAAGUUAUUGAUGAUUUGGAACACGCCGUGGCGAGUGUUCGUCCUCAGCUCUGCUACAACCCGAGCACGCACGCUAAGGUCGUCAUGGCAAUCCUGGCUUGCUUGCCGCUGGAAGUGCAAGACUUCCUCCUGACGCCGGUCAUCCAAGAAAAGCCUCAGAAUGUCGUCACUUCGAUUAUAAAAUCUCGUCGGCGCUCGCAAAAAUAAAUGAGCAUCGUGUUCAUCACAUAUUUUUUUGUCUGUCUAUUAAAAGUAAUCAUUGUAUAACGGAAAUAUUGAUAACUAUUUAAAACUUUUGGAGAAAUUCAUACUUCAUAGCAAACUGCGCAAUGUUUCUGUGUUUCUGUGUUGAAUCAUUGCGUUUCGCAAUGAUUCAAAAAGCACGCAAGCGAAUUAGAAUCAUAAACUUGAGACCUCAUUCCAAAAUUUAAAAUCUAUAUUAGAAUUAUAAGUUGAACUUAGUGUAGUAAAUUAAACAAAUUUUUUACCAACUCACUUUUGAACUACAACGGAAUCAGGCUCUAAAGUACAUAUAUAUUACUCCUGUGUAAAAUACAGCUAUUGCAAAAAGAUAAUAUAUGAAGAAAAUGAAAUCGAAUUUGUAAAAUAAUUAGUACAUAAUACGCAGUUUUCGAUGACAUAGAAGAAUUUUAUUCAUUUUUUACAACACUUCUAUUUAACUUCAAUUCUUGUUU